AUGGAGCGUGUGCCGGAUCAAAAAAUUCUGAAUUCGAACUAUUAUUUGCCUCAUCACGGUGUGUGGCGUCAAACUAGCACGACUACUAAACUUAGAGUCGUGUUUAACGCCUCACACAAAAGCACUUCAGGUCUGUCUUUAAACGACCUGGUACAUACUGGUCCAAAUCUACUACCGGAAGUUUUUUCUAUUUUAUUACGCUGGCGCAGACAUGCUAUAGCUUUCGCGGCGGACAUUGAGAAAAUGUAUCGUCAGAUUAGGAUAUCCCAAGCAGACUGUGAUUUUCAAAAGAUCGUUUGGCGACAUUCUCCCGAUUCUAAAAUCUCUACUUACAAACUUUCAACUGUUACUUACGGCAUGGCAUGCGCUCCAUUUCUGGCCAUCCGUACUCUACAUCAGUUAAGUACCGACGAAAAAGAGUCUUAUCCGCUGGCAGCUUCUUGUCUUUUGCACGACACCUACGUCGAUGACGUAGUAUCUGGAUCUAACACUCUGGAAGAAGCCAUUCUCCUUAGUAAUCAAUUAAUUGCGUUGUUAAGGGCGGGCGGCUUUAAACUUAGAAAGUGGGUAUCUAAUAAUCCCGAUCUUCUAAAACACUUACCAGCGGAUUACCUUGCAUCUUCCUCUAAUCUAGUGUGCAACUUUGACUCAGUUUCGAGUCUCCUUGGUUUGAGUUGGAACACUUCCUCGGAUUGCUUUAUUUUCAGUCCUCAACCUCGAAACCUUACUGGACGCAUAACUAAAAGGACAGUUUUUAGUGAAAUCUCAGGAUUGUUCGACCCACUAGGCCUUCUGGCUCCG